AUUCCCUCAGCUCAAGCACCCUUCAAAACUCUUUCUCUUGAUCAUGUUCGCUCGCUUCAACGCCGGUCUCCUUGCAGUUGCUCUGGCUCUCCCGGCCGUCGUCUCUGCCACCCCCGUUGUUGCCAGGACUGAAAACGCCUGCAACACUGGGAGCUUGCACUGCUGCGAGUCGACCUUCUCGAGCAACCAUCCUUCGGUUUCCACUUUGGCCGGCCUUUUCGGGUUUGUCGGCAACUUGGGAAACAGCAUCGGUAUCUCCUGCUCUGCCUUGAACAUUGGCAGCCUUGGCGGAGCGCCGAACUGUAACCAGCAAACGGUCUGCUGCACCGGCAACCAAUACAAUGGCCUCAUCGCCUUUGGCUGCACCCCCUUCAACUUCGGUUUUUAAUCAUUCAUGGACACUUUGUGAAUUGUGGCCGCUUUCGGUCGAGUUCUGGUUUUUCGCGCGGACAUUCUGGUAACUCGGACUAUGUGCACAUAGCUGUUCUGUUUUGAUACGUUGUUGCCGUUUGAAUGACAUCGCUGUUCUCGUUGUUGGCAUCGUUGCCUUU